GGGGUGGGGAAGAAUUGAAUAAAAGGGCGCGAGAAAAAGAAAAGGGGGUUUUGUUGUCAGCGAAAGGAUGGAGGGAAGGGUAGACGUGGAAGAAGCGGCCGUGGGGCUCCUGGCUCGGCUGAAGGACACACUUGCCUCUGAGGGCCACGCCAAUGACGGGGCAGAGGCUGAGCUGCCCGCCAAAGCUUUGGCUGAGCAUGCAGUGAACACCAGAAAGACGCACAAACUGCUGCUCAGCCAGCUACAAGUGGUGAAGUUCCUCCUGGAUUUCCUGGACUCUGACCUUGGCGUUCGAGAUGCCUCUUAUGCAGGUGUCCGGAACAAGAUCCAAGAAGCCAAGCAGCAGUGGAAAGCCCUCAAGGCCGAGUACCAGGAGAAGGUCGAGGCCAUCAAGGAGGCUGUGCCGCAAACCCUGGCCAGACUCGAGGAGGCGCGCCGCAGGGCCCAGCUCUUGGAGGAGACGCUGGGGCGCUACCGAGCCAAGAAAAAGGAGAUGGAGGAGAAGGUGAAGAAUGCUCAAGUGCAGUGCCUCAAGGAACAGGAGCGUUUGCAGAAGCUGCAAGAGCAGAUGGAAGGACAGGUGGCGGAAGCGCAGGGCAGACUGCAGAGACACCAGGAGGAGCUGCAGAGCCUGCAGGGGGCCCUGGAGGAACUGAAGCACCAGGCUGGUGAUUGGCAGGGAAAGGUGCAGAGGAUCUCUGAUUUCCAGGGCUUCAUGGAGACGCUGCAGGGUGUGAAACUGACUCACGCUUCCGAGAGUGACCUGGAGCUUGAGCUGACCCCUCAUGCCCAGCCUGGUACUGCUGAACCCCAUCUCCUAAAGCUACGCCUCCACUGGCGGGAGGACGGCAACAUUGCCCUGGAGAGCGACUGUCCCUUUUUCCUUCUCUCCGACACGCUCCGCGUGGGCAGCAGCGGCACCAUCAAGGACAUCCUUCUGGAAGUGCAGAGCAGCUAUCUGCAGCAAGCGCGGCUCCUGGCUGAGAUCGAAUCCCUCCAAAGCUGUUUUGCCAUUGAUUGGCAGCCAGAGAAGAGGCUGCUGCAUUACCUGAAGCCAUCUUUCACUUGCACCCUCCAUGUGGAGCCGGGCUAUCCGACCAGCGGGGGGAUCUGCCUUCUCUCUGUCAAGAGUCAACAUGGCGCAGUCGAUGCAACUGUGUAUAGGCCCUCUCAGGAGACGCCCUCCCUGCAGGACUGGCUGAAAUACCUCAAUGCUGUGGACUUCAGUGCUCCUUUCCUCACUGGGACAGCUGUCUGACCGCCCUCAGCAGCAUAUUAAGGAUGUGGGGUUAUGAUCUCUGGGGAGGCUUCAUCCCCCUGUGCACUGCUUCUGGGUUGGUUUGUGUGUGGAAGUUCCAGGGUUCUGUUCAAUAAAAUGAGGUUGAGGAAUUA